UUAAAAUUGAGAAAAUUUUGAAAUAUUCACUUAUGCAGAUAUGAUUGUGGUCUCACUCGACUUCUGUCUAGCCCUCUUGGGGCUGAUUAUGAUCAGUCAUCAGUCAAGCAACAGAAAUAUAAAAAGCAAUUAUUUUAAACAAAAAAAACAAGUAUGAUUUGAACCCACCAAAGAAAAAUGGUUGAUUACCCCACAGCCAGCUAACCACACAAAAACAUAACCAAACCACUAUGGAGCCCUCCAAUGUACAAAUCAAUAGCAACCCAAACUCCGCCGCCGCCGCUUCUCAGCCCUUCAACCGCCACCAGCACGGCAGCGCACGAUCGGCGCCUUUCAUAGCCUCCAUCUCCGGCCAUGCCGCCGCCGCCGCUAAUAAAACAACCGGCUCAAUCUCAUCCUCAAGUAUUUCACCUUCAAGCUCUUCCACUAGCGCCUCCACAUCUUCCGCCGCCACUCCUGCUACGCCGCUACACCUCGUCGGCGCCUCACUUGCUAUUGCAACCGUACCGGAAUCCGAGCAGCUCCAAAUACAGCCGGCACCUCCAAAGAGAUCUACCAAAGACCGGCACACGAAAGUCGACGGCCGUGGGCGGCGUAUCCGUAUGCCGGCGGCUUGCGCGGCUCGAGUUUUUCAGCUGACCCGAGAAUUAGGCCACAAGUCCGACGGCGAAACAAUUGAGUGGCUACUUCAACAAGCCGAGCCGGCCAUCAUAGCCUCCACCGGGACCGGAACCAUCCCGGCGAACUUCUCCACCCUGAACAUCUCCCUCCGCAGCGGCGGCCCGUCUAUGUCGGCGCCGGCCUCUAAGCCGGCUCCACAUUCUUUCCACAGCUCGUUAGCACUUUCGGGUCAUCAUUAUGAGGAAGGGUUCUCGCAUAUGCUUGGUUUUCACCAACCCCCUCACUUUUUAACUCCGAACCAAAUCGCCGGAAAUCUAGCCGGCGGGACAGGGGACGGAGGAGACGGAGGAGGGAAACGACAAGACACGACCGAGAAUUACUUGGGGAAAAGAUACAGGGAUGACUUGUUUAAGGAAGAAGGAUCAAGAAAUUCCCAAGCAGAAUCCACCGGCCGGCCGGGAAGCUCCGAUUCGCCGUCGAAUAAGCAAAUCAAAGCGAACGAAGGAUCCAGUUUACAAGAGAAUACAGCCGGAGCUUCGUCUAGUACUUUCCGGCACGGGAAUUUGAUACCGCCUUCUGCCGCUAUGUGGGCGGUGGCGCAGGGUCAGGGCGGCGGACCCUCCGCCGGAAGCUUCUCAAUGCUGCCAGUGAGUGGCGGAUCGGAACACGGACAGAUGUGGGCAUUCCAAGCAAAUAGCGGGAAUACCGGGUCGCUUCAAGCUCCGCUGCAUUUCAUGUCGAGGUUCAACAUUCCGGCCGGCAAUCUUGAUUUUCCGGGAAGCCGAGCGGGGCAUUUGCAGCUGGGGUCCAUGAUAAUGCAGCAGCAGCAACAGCAGGCUUCUGAGCAGUUGGGGUUAGGAAUGCGGGAGGGCAAUUUGGGAAUGUUGGGCUCUUUUAAUGUCGCCUAUCCCAGAAGCGGUUUGAAUAUGAAUAGCUCUGAUCAUCAUCAUCAACAACACCAAACGCCAGAUCAUAGUGCCGAGGAUGAACAGAAUGAAUCCCCCUAGUUUUUACAUGUUUGGUAUGUAUGCCUGAAUUGCUUUCAAUUAAACAUUAAGAGUUUGUGUUUUAGAGCCCGAGUUUUAAAUUGCGGCUGCGGUCAUUGCGGUAGCGGCCACAUUCGUAUUGCGGUCGCUACUCGCUACGAUGCGUAUUGCGGCCGUUGGCGCAUGAAUUUUUUUCAAUGAAGUUUGAAGGCGAUGCGGUGCCGUUCUGGCCUGUUGCGGCCAACAGCAGCAUGUAGCGGCCUGAUGUAUUGCUAUAGCGGAUUCGUUGGAGUCUCAUCGCAGUUACGUAGCGGGUUUUCGUUGUGAUUCACAUUCACACCGGUAUAGCGGCCCUAUGCGGUAACGGCGGCGCCCGUGACCGCUAUAUAGUGGCCGCUAUAGCCGUAGCGUUCCCCUAUUUGAAACCUUGUUUAGAGCCCAUUUAGUAAUACCCAGAUCGGCUAUAUUGACUGAUUCUGCUGAAAGUUAUGAAAUUUUGGAUGGAGUGGCUGC